AAUCAGCCCCGGGAGGAGGAGAGCCAGGGAGAGCCGCGCGGCCACGCCACUCUGCCUGAAGGUCGCCCGCAACCCGGCCCUUCACCUUCCUCCGAAACCUCCUCCCCGCCCAGCCUUACUGACGAGGGGCCACCUUUCCCUAGCCAGACCUUGACACAAAGGACAUCUAACUGCGGGGGACAGCCUGGAAGGGUGGACACUUUGGCGGCGGCGGCGCCUUUCCCUUUAUUUCUCGAGGGGUCUCAAGCAUCUAUACUUGCUGCUCUCUGCUUCUGAAGACCCUCAGAGCAGAAGAACUUGGACUGACUUUUGGACGACGGACACCUGAAUAUGAUGCAUUUCAAAAGUGGCCUCGAGUUAACGGAGUUGCAGAACAUGACGGUGCCCGAAGACGACAACAUCAGCAAUGACUCUAAUGACUUCACCGAAGUAGAGAACGGCCAGAUAAAUAGCAAGUUCAUCUCGGACCGUGAAAGCAGACGAAGUCUCACCAACAGCCAUUUGGAGAAAAGGAAAUGUGAUGAAUACAUCCCAGGAACGACCUCCCUGGGCAUGUCUGUUUUUAACCUGAGCAACGCCAUUAUGGGCAGUGGGAUUUUGGGACUCGCCUUUGCCCUGGCCAACACUGGAAUCCUCCUUUUUCUGAUACUUCUGACUUCGGUGACGUUGUUGUCUAUAUACUCAAUAAACCUACUAUUGAUCUGUUCCAAGGAAACGGGCUGCAUGGUUUAUGAGAAGCUGGGAGAACAAGUCUUUGGCACCACGGGGAAGCUGGUGAUCUUUGGAGCCACCUCACUACAGAACACUGGCGCCAUGCUGAGCUACCUCUUCAUAGUAAAAAACGAACUUCCUUCCGCCAUCAAAUUCCUCAUGGGAAAGGAGGAGGCAUUUUCAGCCUGGUACGUCGAUGGUCGUGUCCUGGUUGUGAUGGUAACCUUUGGUAUAAUUCUCCCGCUGUGUCUCUUGAAGAACCUGGGGUAUCUUGGCUACACUAGUGGAUUUUCCUUGAGCUGUAUGGUUUUUUUCCUAAUAGUGGUUAUCUACAAGAAAUUUCAAAUUCCAUGCAUGAAUGUAGAACAAAACUCAACAAUAAGUGCCAAUGUAACUGACAUGUGUACGCCAAAAUACGUUACCUUCAACUCAAAGACGGUGUAUGCUCUGCCCACCAUUGCGUUUGCGUUUGUCUGCCACCCAUCUGUCCUGCCGAUCUACAGCGAGCUCAAAGACCGAUCACAGAAAAAAAUGCAGAUGGUUUCCAAUAUUUCCUUCUUUGCCAUGUUUGUGAUGUACUUCCUGACCGCCAUCUUUGGGUACUUGACAUUUUAUGAAAAGGUGCAGUCAGACCUCCUUCACAAGUACGACAUUCACAAGGGCGACAUUCUCAUCCUGACCGUGCGGCUGGCUGUCAUCGUGGCCGUCAUCCUCACCGUGCCCGUCUUAUUCUUCACGGUUCGCUCGUCCUUAUUUGAACUGGCCAAGAAGACCAAGUUCCACUUGUGCCGCCACGUCUUGGUGACCGUCAUACUCUUGGUGAUUAUCAACUUGUUGGUCAUCUUCAUUCCCUCCAUGAAGGAUAUAUUUGGAGUCGUAGGAGUAACAUCUGCUAAUAUGCUCAUCUUCAUUCUCCCGUCGUCACUUUACCUAAAAAUCACAAACCAGGACGGAGACAAAGGCACUCAACGGAUCUGGGCGGCCCUUUUCUUGGCGCUGGGGGUCCUGUUCUCCUUGAUCAGCAUCCCGCUGGUCAUCUACGACUGGGCUUGCUCAUCUGGCAGUGACGAUGGCCACUGAGACCAGCCGGGGAAAGCCAGCACCUGCUCCCGCCCAUCUCUUCACCGCCCAUCAGCAAUCCUUUGCCACUUCUUUUGCGAGUUUACGGACAGACAGAGAGGCACACAACAACACCGGGGUUGUGACACGGAGACCCGCUUCCAGCAUGACUGUGGCCUCCCGGGACAUCCACGUAGGGACGGUGGAUUUUAUCUUUUGCAGAUUUCAUGCCGUCACCAAUAUUUCCCUCUCCUUACUGUGUUUUGUGGCUUCUGCUUAGUCUCUUAGAACUUUGAAAACAUGAUCAUCAGGUGUAUUCAUUUGUUAGACACCAAGGUUCUGAAAUCGUUUUCCUACUGAUGUUCCUGCUCACGCUAUCUGUAUCUUUUUAGAAGAGAAAAUAAUCUUGAAUUGUAUAUAUUUAUUUUGCUUUACAGAAAAAAAAAGGUUUCAGGAAAAAAAAAAGGUUUCACAAAUCCUUUGCCUAUUUUGGUUAACAUAGCACACAGGGGUAAUCCUUUGAGAGACACUUGAGUGCCAUUGCUGCAUCUGAGCAUGCCCAAUAUUUGAGGCGGCUCUGAUCACCCAACAUGGGCUGUCCUGGACCUGAUGGUACUCCAUCAUGCUCCCACAUGGAGCUAUUUCCUGGGAGUGUCUGUGGCUGGGAAGGGGUGGGCACGGCACUUGUGGGAAGAUAUUAAAAUGUGCAUUUGGGAGAGAUCACAAAUGAAGUCUUGUUUUCCCCCCCUUGUCAUCUGGUAUCACAGUUACUCUAGGCUGAGUCACCUGCGUGGGGUCCCAUGGCCCCCCUAGUGACGAAUGAGACUGCCCAAAAUGCCUAAGGAAAUGUUCCCGAUGCAGACAGCCUCAGUCUACACCCAUUAUUAUUGAAGGGGGAGAAGAUUUGUUGGUUUAUAUGCCCAGCAGCAUUUAGUCAUGUCCACCAGCUUUUUGCAACAGAGAAUAAUGUGUACCUAAGGAUGACCGAGGGUAGGUAGGCCAUCCUCUUUUAUACUGGGUACUUUACUUUAGGGGAGUCUUUAAAAGACGUGUUUUAUAUCUAUAAAUCUAGGUUAUUACAAAUAACAGGAUUUUUGUACCUUAAAUAAGCCUCAUUUCUAUUCUCCAUUAACUCUCCAUCCCAUCUUGAAAGUAAACCUUCUGAGACAGUCUUUGUGGAGAGCUUCUGAAGUCACUGUGUCCUCUCUUGUCCCUGCUGGGGAAGACAAGUGGCUCUUCUCCAUCUGUGUUUCUCCCGUGUGUCCUGUUACUGCCUCUUCUAUGUGACCCACGCAGGAGGGCAGGGUGGCUUGUACUCUCUCCCUGGCCCCUCCCAAGGGGAGCAGAGAGAAACGACAGCUUUGGACGUGGCAGCGAGGGAACCCAGAGCAGCAUGUCCUGCUGGUGGGCACACCCAUGGCUGCCCAUAGCUUGGCUGCAGUAGGAAGUGCAUGGGCUCUGUGACCACUCUCUGCAGACAGGGCUUGUCCUGCAGUCAGGUGUAUUCUGGUUGCAUUUUCAGAUUAUAUAUAUACUGAGCACAGAUUUCUUACCUGGAGACAGGUAGAAUCGGACACAGAGAGUCAGCAGAGGACCCAGACACUCAGCUGUAGACACUGUUCCUACUGACUGAAAUCCCCAAAGGUCUUUGGGAAGGCAUCUCCUGAGAGUUACACCCAGAGAUGUCCCUUCAUAUACUGAGGUCCCACAGAUAAGGUAGGCAUCCAAGUGCCUGCCACCAUCCUCUUGGGGAAGAAGGAAAAGCUACUUCCUACAUUAUGUCAUCACCUUGGUCUAGUGUUUCAGAGUUCUGUCCAUGUCAAGUUUGGGCAGCUGGACACAGGGGCCUAGACAGGAAAAGGGCAAAACCCACAGCAGCCUCUGCCCUUUGUGGAAAUGCUUUCCAUGUCACAGAGAAUGAUAGAUGAUUCGCCAACCUAUGUAGCUUGUUUGGCACUGUUUAAAAAAUACAUUGAUUCAGUUUGCCCACUAUUCUACCCUCUUUCCUCAUUCUGUAACCAUUUCAUUCAUUUUACAUUCAUGAAGUGAAUUCAAAAACCGUCAUUAACUCUGGGAUGUGUUGUGAUUUGGGAUCUCUGGAUUUUAUGUGUUGGUAAAACUAAUGUAUUAUUUACAGUAUAUUUAUUUGCAGGAAGCA